AGUUUUAAUAUUCUUUUACAAGAGUUCGGAUCAGACGAUUGCUUAAGUUCAAGAUUCUAUAGAAAGGAAGGAAGAUCUGUAAAUAAAUAUAUUCCUGGAAGAUUAAAGGUAAAAGCUAACUCUGAGAACUCUGAGAUGUCUGGACACCUGCGGAGACGUUUAAAGAAUAAUAAAUGGAAGAGGUCCUGGUUUGUUCUAAAAGAGAGAGUUCUGUAUAUAUAUAGAGCUAGUGAGGAUACAAUAGCAGCAGAAACUCUUCCUGUUCUAGGCUGGACUCUUCAACCCCUAGCAGAGAAGAAUUUUGAGCUUUAUGAGGGUUUAAACCCAGGCCUGGUAUUCCAGCUUUCACAUAGUGGACAGGAGUCCAUGGUAUUUUCCGCUGAAAAUGACAAUUUUGCAGAAAAGUGGAUGACAGCUUUAAGGGAAGCUACUAUUUUUGAGUAAUGGAGAACUGGGAGAACAAGGAGAACCAGGAGAACCAGGAGAACCAGGAUAGCUAGAAACAUAGGAGGAGAACCAGGAGAACCAGAAGAACUAGAAGAACUAGACAAAAAAUACAACAGUAAAUGAACAUAAUUUACUGCAAAGAGGACAUAUCUGUGAUAUUUAUUUCUAAUAAAUUUGAAAACAUUUAA